AUGGAAAUCUCUGUCAGAUUAGUGUCUGGAAUGAUAAAAAGUGACUUCAGGACGGAUGCAUUUCGAGCAAUGACAGGACAAAGAAGUCAUUGGGUUUUCCAGCAGGAUUCCGCUCCAGCUCACAAGGCCAGGUCAACUCGGCUUGCAGCCACUGAACUAAGAACAUUACUGAAUUCAUCUCUGUUUCAGAUCGGCACCCAUGAAGCUCUGGUCUGA